AAAGAAGGAGAUUCUCUGCUUAAAUUUUGAUUUCCUCUAAUUUAUUUUACGAAUUAGUCCAGAUAAUUCAGCUUAUUCUGAUUCUAUCAAAAUCCUCUUUCAUACCCCCUAAUCGCGCUAGGGUUCUUCUCCGGAGCAAGAAUUCCUCCAUUAUAGGAAGGAUUUGUGGUGGAGCUUCUUCCUGUUGUUGUUGGUGGUAGGGUUGUUGAGCGGCAUGGCAACUUCAAGCGUAGCAGGGGACGCUGUGAUGGCAUUCCGUUCUGUGCUCACGAGGGUUCAGCAGGCGGCUGAGAGGUCUGGCCGCGCAGCGGAGCAGGUUAGGUUGGUCGCCGUCAGCAAGACCAAGCCUGUGUCCCUUAUCCGCCAAGUGUAUGAAGCCGGCCACCGAUCUUUUGGUGAGAAUUAUGUUCAGGAGAUCAUUGAGAAAGCUCCUCAGCUUCCUGAAGAUAUUCAGUGGCAUUUUAUUGGAAAUCUGCAAAGCAAUAAAGUCAAAGCCCUUCUUGCUGGUGUCCCUAACCUAGACACGUUUGAGAGCGUAGAUGAUCAAAAGAUUGCUAAUCUUCUUGAUCGCGUUGUGGCUAACUUGGGAAGGAAGCCUUUGAAAGUUUUGGUCCAAGUGAAUACCAGUGGAGAAGAGUCAAAGUCUGGUGUGGAUCCCGCAGGUUGUGUUGAACUGGCCAAACAUGUGAAACUGGACUGCCCGAACCUAGUUUUCUCUGGCUUGAUGACAAUUGGAAUGCUGGAUUACUCCUCAACACCCGAAAACUUCAAGACACUCGUGAAUUGUCGAACUGAAGUGUGCAAAGCCCUUGGGAUUCCAGAGGAGCAAUGCGAGCUCUCAAUGGGCAUGUCCAAUGACUUUGAACAAGCGAUUGAAGCGGGGAGCACGAAUGUUAGGAUUGGUUCGACUAUUUUUGGUGCCAGAGAGUACCCAAAAAAGGCGUAAAACCGACUUUGAAGUCCUUGUAUGCUUUUGAUUAUAUGAAUCAUGCAAUUCAGCAAAGUUCCUGAGCAUGUACACUGGGGCAGAUCAAAUUAAAAGAUGUACCAUGUUUCUGUUAUUUUUAUCAAACAUAAAUAUAAAAUAAAUUAAAAUAAACAUCUAUGUAAAAUCCCUAAAAGUAGCAUUUAUGCUCUAGUGAAAUUUUGGUGCAUGCAUGUUAGCAUGAUAAGUGAACAA